UUGUGGAAGUGGGAAGGUCUUGUUUGACAUCAAAAUGUUACGGUACUGUGUAUCACUUUUCAAAUGAAUGAGGCGACGAACUUCGGGAACACACGGUGAUCUAAAAAGGAAACGCGCGGACGUAGCUAGUUUUACUGAUGAUUUUUCAGGUGUUAGAUUGACAAUAUGCUGUAGGAAGUGUCCGUGUGUGCAGUGAAAUAGGAGGUGAAAAGAAAAAGCACGCAAAAUGGCGGAUCUGGAGGCAGUGCUCGCGGACGUGAGCUAUUUGAUGGCUAUGGAAAAGAGCAAAUGCACACCAGCAGCCCGGGCCAGUAAGAAAAUAAUCCUUCCCGACCCAAGCGUGCGGAGCGUGAUGCACAAGUACUUGGAGAAGAAGAACGAAGUCAACUUCGACAAAAUCUUCAACCAGAUGCUAGGCUACCUGUUAUUCAAGGAGUUCUGCGAGACGGUAGCGGACGAGCCCAUCCCGCAGCUCAAGUUCUACGAAGAAAUAAAGCAGUUCGAAAAACUGGAAUGCGUGGAGGAGAGAAGAAAGCUCGCUCGUGAAAUUUACGACAAUUUCAUUAUGAAGGAGUUGCUCGCCCACUCGCAUGAUUACUCCAAAGAAGCAGUUGCUCAUGUACAGAAGUAUUUAAUGAAAAACGAGGUUCCUGUUAAUUUAUUUGAGCCAUACAUAGAAGAAAUCUUUAACCAUCUACGAGGUGAACCCUUCAAGAAAUUUUUAGAAAGUGAUAAAUACACCCGUUUUUGCCAGUGGAAGAACCUAGAGUUAAACAUUCAGUUAACAAUGAAUGACUUCAGUGUCCAUCGGAUAAUUGGAAGAGGUGGAUUUGGUGAAGUUUACGGGUGUCGAAAAGCAGAUACAGGAAAAAUGUAUGCAAUGAAAUGCCUGGAUAAGAAACGAAUAAAAAUGAAGCAGGGAGAAACUUUAGCUCUUAAUGAGCGAAUAAUGUUGUCUCUAGUCAGUACAGGAGUAGACUGCCCUUUUAUUGUAUGUAUGACAUACGCAUUUCACACGCCUGAUAAACUGUGUUUCAUCUUAGACCUCAUGAAUGGAGGAGAUUUGCAUUAUCACUUAUCCCAGCAUGGAGUUUUUAAUGAGCAUGAAAUGAAAUUCUAUGCUGCUGAAGUUAUUUUAGGUUUAGAACAUAUGCAUAGGCGUUUUAUAGUAUAUCGUGACCUAAAGCCAGCGAACAUCCUUUUGGAUGAACAUGGGCAUGUACGAAUAUCGGAUCUUGGUCUAGCAUGCGACUUCUCGAAGAAGAAACCUCAUGCAAGUGUUGGGACCCAUGGUUACAUGGCUCCAGAAGUUCUCUCAAAAGGAACUGCCUAUGAUUCCAGUGCAGACUGGUUUUCUUUUGGCUGCAUGCUGUACAAACUACUCAAAGGACACAGUCCAUUCAGGCAACACAAAACAAAAGACAAACAUGAAAUUGACAGAAUGACGUUAACCAUGAAUGUAGAGCUUCCAGAAUCCUUUUCGAAGGAGCUACGGUCUCUCCUGGAAGGACUGCUGCAACGUGACAUAGACAAGAGACUGGGCUGCAAAGGAAAUGGAGCUGAUGAAGUGAAAGAGCAUCCCUUCUUUGCUGGCCUGGACUGGCAGCAGGUGUACCUGCAGAAGUAUACACCACCACUCAUCCCUCCGAGGGGUGAGGUGAAUGCAGCUGAUGCUUUUGAUAUUGGCUCCUUUGAUGAAGAGGAUACAAAAGGAAUAAAGCUCACGGAGGCAGACCAGGAUCUCUACAAAAACUUUCCUUUAGUAAUCUCAGAACGAUGGCAAGCUGAAGUUGCAGAAACAGUUUUUGAGACAAUCAAUGCUGAAGCAGAUAAGAUGGAACAGAAAAAGAAAGCCAAACAAAAACUUAAGUUUGACACUGAUGAAAAAGAAUCUGACUGCAUUUUGCAUGGAUACAUAAAGAAACUGGGAGGACCUUUUGCAUCAGCAUGGCAAACUCGUUAUGCCAAACUCUAUCCAAAUAGGUUGGAGCUUCAUCCAGAAUCUGGAAGUACAAAGCCUGAGCUUGUUUUUAUGGAUCAAAUAGAAGAUGUUAGUGCUGACUUAGUUCAUGUGAAAAAUGAACAGUGUAUUGUGGUACGGACUAGAGAUGGAAAAAUUGUCCUCACUAAUCCGGAUGAAAUUGGAUUAAAGGAGUGGGCCUUGUCACUGAGGUCAGCGCAUAAAUGUUCUCUGGAGUUGCUUGGCAGCAUGGCAAAGAAAGCAGGGAAAAUAUAUGGAACAGAAAGGGAUGCAAACAACAAAAAUCCCUUCAUAGCAACAAGAAACACCAAUGGAAAUUGAGGAGAAAUCUUCGGAUAGUGUUUUUUAUUCAGUCGUCUCAUCUUGCCAGAAUGUGCAUUGUUUGGCUAUAAUUAGGUCAUGGUAACUCAGUGACUUACACCAAGAUUGCAGGCAAGGAGUAACUUGAUGGUAUUUGUACAAAAACCUCUUAAUGUUUUGCUAUAUUUAAAUGCCAAACCUUCCCUUAUCCUAUUACGGAUAUGUGAUAGACGAGUAGGCCUCUUGUAAAUAAAUGUGUAUGAAAGUUUUUUUAUUUAAGUGAAAGAUAAUCAGAGGAAUAGUACUGUCAGAGUGUUAGAUGACAACUACGAUAGCCAGCAAAAUUAAUAUAAUUUUAUGCAACCAGUCAUCAUAACGUAAAAUGCAGGACAUUAUUCCUUCACAUCUGUGUGUUGUCAUCCAUUUUUAGAUGAAGUUCUGUGAAUUUCAGUGAUAUGAGUGUUUAGAAGACAUUGAAAUACCAAGAAGCAGAGACUUAUCAUCCCCUGUAGUGGAUCGAGAGACCACUGUGAAGUGUGUGAGAGAGCAUGUUUCCUUGUGUGUACAAGUGUAGAUACUUUUUUUAUUUUAAUUUUGCCUUUUCCUUCCCUGAGAACAUGUAUUGAUUGUUGGAAAUUAAUUUGCCAGUAUUUAUGUUAAUGCUGGUAUUUUAUGUAUGAGACAUUUAGAUACUGUACAUAUAAUAAGAAACAAACAGUAUUUUCACACAACAGUGCAAAAUGUCUUCUCGUAAGUACUUUAACAUAUUUUUUGUUACACAUCAUUAUUUAUUUUGAAACUACAUAUUAUGUGACAGACUAUUAGCAAACUUUUAAGACAUUCAGUGUGGAAUAUUAUCCAUAUUUCAGUUACGGUGUUAUUACUUCUAGACUUGUGAAUCUUUUUUUUUUCCAAAUAACUACAUAAAAUGCUGCUCACUGAACUCCUCUCUUAACACAGUCCAAGUUAAGUUGUACAUGGUUGUUCCUGAGUUACAGUUUGUAAUUUCUCAUUUUACAUGCUGAAGAUGUAAAACAUUGCUCAGAGUAAACUGUGACCGCUAUUUCACUAUAUAAAAAAAUUGCAUUUUAUUUUGGUUAACUUUUAUAUUAACUUAGUUCUUGAAGUUUUAUAAUGAUUCCUGCUGCUAAAUUUCAUGGCAAGUGACUACUGAGAAUGGAUAUACCACAGUAAGAUUCUUAACGAUAAUCAAUUUAUGUUCACAAUACAUGUUUCACUGUUCAGUAAUUCUUGCAUUUAAGAACUCAGGGUUUGACUGGAUUACACAUUUGAAGAUACUGUAUGCAACAGAAUUAUACAUGUAAUAACAUUAGUAAUUGUCCAGUGUGAGCUAUAAAUCCUGAAAUACAUUUUCAUUUUUAUCAAUUUUCACUGAAACAGUAGCAGUUAUUAAAGCCACUCAGAAAUGAAGUGCUUCUGGAAGAUUUGGUAGUUCAAUCAUAUCUUCACUUAAUUUAGAGACUAAUUAAUGCUCCAGUCAAAACAGCAAACACGUGUAGUGUGAUCUGUUAACUUACUUAUAAAAAGAGUCAUUUCCUGUUAAUAAGAAAUGGUGACCUGUUCUCUGGCUGAAAUUGUACUCAGUGCACAAAAUGGAUAAGAAAAGACAAUUCAGAACAUUAAAAAUGUUACCACAAGAA